CAGGGCCGGGUGUGGCGCGGCUGCGGAGAGCAUGGAGUCAGUUCCUGCGGAGCUGGGAUGACGACUGUCCAGCAUCCCAGCUUUUUACUGGUUGGGAUCGGGUCUCUAGAACAUCUCUCCUGUUCCCCCCCACACACACAUCCAAGUCUCAGCUGGCUUUCCCAUCUCCAUUCUCCUGAUCGCAGCCUUCCAAGCAGCUUCCAAGAUGGCAGCAGGCAGCUACCCGGUGGAUUUUCUAGAAGAUGACCCUGGGGGAUAUCAGGAAGCGACCGCAGCUUACCUCGCCUCACUCAGACACGGGACUGGGGCCACGCCAGUUUUCUCCCUUCCCACGGGGGAGCAGGUUCAACUCGAAGCUUCGUCUGUGUGCUUCUGCGCUUUGUACCGAGAUGAACCCCAGCAGAAGAUCCUGGUUUGGGUUCAUCCACAGGACACAAAGACAGUUGUGGCUGUUUACUUGAAGGAAUCCUGGUGGUCUGUUGAAGACAUUCUGAGAACUUCUGAGCCUGCCAGGGAGGGUCUCCUGCAGGUCCACUCCUUUGGGGAAAGGAUCGUGCUUUUCACUCUAAACGUCAUUGUUUUUGGAAGACUGGAGAGAAGUGUGAAAGAGGACGGCAUGUUUUUUUUACCUCACUCUGCGAGGGAGCAGGCUAAAAUCCUGUGGCGAGACGGAGCAGCCAUUGGAUUCUACUCAACCAAGAUGAAAGGCAGCUUGUGGGCUGAUGGCACAGGUGCCGGCUACCUGCUGCCUGUCUUCGACACUGUGUUCAUCAGGAGGAAGCAUCGUCGCCAAGGCCUGGGGACGGCCCUGCUGCGGGACUUCUGCGAGACUUUCCAAGAAGAGGAGGCCUUGGGGGUCAGUGGCCCCAUCUCUCCUGCCAUGUACCAAGUCUGCAGGCGGUUCCUGUUGGCCUGUCCAGGGGUGCGAGGACGGCUGUGGGAGGUGGAGCCUCCGGGGGCCUGGGGACAGCGCAUCAACAUCUGGCUCAGGGUUCAGCUUCAGCAGGCGGGACUUCCUGACUCACUUCCAGGAAGCUCUGAAGAGGCCGAGGGCAACUCCCAGCAGCCUUCUCCGGAUGGCGGACCCACAAGAUGCAGAACCUAGACAAUAAAGGUUGGUUAUUUCUUGAUGGUGACCACAUGGACUCUCUGUGAAGGAGACCUGGAGCACAGAAGUAGACUGCGGCCUGCAUGCAGGGGACACCGUGUGAUGCCCAGCACAGCCUCCCCCCUCCCCCCCCCCCCCACAAUGAGGUGUUGUAAUCACCCGGUGGUUUGAGAUGGACGGUUGGUGCUUCUUUGCCAGUGUGACAGCAGAUCCAUAAGCCAGUCAUUCAAUAAAAGAAAAAUCUCAGGGAAGACAGUUGA